AUGGAUGAGGAGCCUCAAUUUAAGAUCCGCUAUCUGAAUGCAAUCGCUGAGCCUAUCCUAAUAAUUCCUGAGGAUAUGAAUCUUGAUAAAAUUAUUGUCUGUGGCCCGGACGGAUUCCGUCACCAAGGAAAUUGCAGUGUGUCGAUUGAAGGGGUCGAAGUCACUGACCAAGAGAAAGCCUUUCGGAUUCAGUGCAGGGAAAUCGACUUUCUUCUGGUGAUACCUCCGCUGCAACCUCCCGCCUCCUCCAAUUCUUCCUCGUCCUCGACUCCUGCCUCUACAGGAGUGCAACGCCGAUUUGGCAGUGCUACCGUGCCACCGCCACAUUGGUACACUUUGGGUAUCGGUACAAAGGACUUCCUCUUCUUUGAAAUCAGUGUUCCCACCCAAGCUGAACAGGAGCUGAUUUACAAGGCCCUUGUAGAGUACAUUAAAAUGGCAGUGUGGAAGAGGGUGAAAUCAGGGUCGGUGGCUUUUAACUGUUCUGGCUCCAACCAUGAUGGUUGGAAUGCUUUUUCACCAGAGGAGGAUUUUGCGAAAGAGAUCGCUUCUGGUAUUGUGCGCGUCAGCCGGGUCAAUGAGAACUUUAGAAUCUGUUCGACCUAUCCCGAAGCAAAUGUUGUACCCGCUUCAAUUGAUGAUGAGGUGAUUGCGGAAGCCGCUACCGAUAGACGGAAUUGCCGAUUCCCUGUGAUUAAAUACUAUCAUUCCGUCAAAUCAACCAUUUUAGCUACUGCUGCAGAGUUCUCUAGCACCAGCAGUUGUAGUGGUAGCAGAGUCAGUCAAAUGCCUGCGUCGGAUGACUCAUCCUCGAUUUCAUCAGUAGUCUUGCAGCGGUGCACAGCCAACGAAAAACUUCUGGAGGCGAUGCUGCCUCCUGGAAAGAGGGGCCUUAUUAUUGAUCUGCGCAGUCAUGGUAACUCCGCUGCUUCCUCAAAAUUCAAGAAAACGAAUGCAGAAAUGGAUCGGUUUGACCAACGUUGGAAGCGCAUUGCUAAACCUCUACCGGAGAUUAAUGAAAUUCAUUCAAUCUUCGUCCAAUUCAUUCGAGACAUUACGCGUCCGGCGGAGAUAGCACCUCAACAGAAUGCGAAUUCUUCGCUUUCUCCCAGCAUUGGCUACAGUCUGACGAGUUUUCUACCUUUGGGUAAUGCCGACCUCUCGACAGCCCUGCGGUCAUCUCCUGCCGGUUCUAGCGAUGACAUGGCUGAGAUACAUGGCGCCUUCGCUGGUGUCAAGGUGAGCCUCAAAAAGUCAUCUGCAUGGCUCGGUCUGGUGCGCGACACCCUGGCAACAGCCGUUGCUGGUGCCUGCGCUCUCGACGGUCGCGAUUUAGCUGCGCGUAAUCAACUUGAUCAUGAUCGAGCGGCUCUCACCCGAUCCGCUGGCUGUAUCCCCGAGGCGGAGCUAAAGGCGCGACUGGCUGUGAUGACGACCAGUGGCGCGUCGCUGCUCAUUGUCGGUGGGGAUGGACGCGACCAGUGCCUCCUUGUGUCCGCUUUGGUGCAGGUCAUCCUCUCUCCCGCUGUGCGAACUAUCAGAGGAUUUGAGGCUCUCAUACAAAGAGAAUGGAUAUCCGCCGGACACGCCUUUUCGGAGCGUUGUUCGCACCUCCUCACACAGUCCAGUGACUCUAUGCUCACCGUAGCUGCGCCCGUUUUCCUCCUCUUUCUGGAUUGUAUCUGGCAGAUAUGGUGCCAGUAUCCGAGUUCGUUUGAAUUUAAUGAGGAAUUCCUUCUGUACUUGGUAAAGCAUGUCUAUGCCUUUGAAUUCGGCACAUUUCUGGGAGAUUCGGAUCAGAUGAGGGGAUCUCUAAGGCUAUCAAAAAAUACAGAUUCUUUUUGGUCACACGUCAAUUCUGAUGACGUUUUAUCGAAGAUUCGAAAUUGCCUCUAUUCCCCACCCAGUCAAGAUGCAGACAGCGAGUCACUAUCCUGCUGGCCAUGUCUUUCACCCCAAGCUCUCAACAUUUGGAGGGAAGUCUACCAGAGAGUGGUUUUGCCCUACCCCUGUCGAAUUUGGUCCGAUCGACGCGAGGCCUUAGUCGACGCCUACGCGGAGUACAGAGAAGCUCUCAGCACGGCUCAGAAACUGGAAAAGAUCGUGCGUGAUUUAAUGGACGAGGCCUCAGAGAGGAAUCUCCUUCCUGCUAAAUAG